UUUUACAGGUUGGGUCACGUCAAAUACCGAAACUUCUUGAGGGCUCCUCCUGAAAUUCCUAGCUCAACAAACUCACCCAAUCGUAAGCUGGCCUUCUGUUGCAGCCACAGAAGCGAUCACAAGCCUAGCAGCACCGUCUUAAUCUUUCAACAAAAGAAAUUGAGACUAAUGGACGCGUGAAGAUCUAGUGUAGAAACAAUUGCGAGGGCAAUAGAAACCACAAGAAAGUUAAAUUACCCGGGGCUACUUAGAAUGCAGAAUCUAAAAUGACCAAGGAACACUUCACAGACGAGCAAAAAUGGCUGCGCAAGUAUCAGAC